AUGCGUUCAUUGCUGACGAUGCUCGGUAUUAUCAUCGGUAUUGCAUCCGUACUGGCAAUGAUAGCUAUCGGUGAUGGUGCCAAGGAGAUUGUGAUACAAGAUGCCCAGAAAAUGGGUGGUGCAACCCGAAUUACGCUAUACCAAACCUCAUACAAACGAGAAAAUAAUAGGUGGGUCCGCAUCCGUAGCAACGAAUACAUGAAAUAUGAAGAUGUAUUGGCUAUUGAAGCAGAAUGCCCAUCUGUGAGUGCAGUCACACCGAGAAUCGCGGAUUGGCGAGGCAUCCUGUUUCAGGGUCCGGACGGUACUGAAACCCGUGCCGGCUAUAACGGUGUAGACGCUAAUUAUACAACCGCAAUGGAUUGGGACAUUAAAGAGGGACGCUUCAUUACAGACGAAGAUGUCCAAAACGCAACAAAAAUCUGUGUCCUUGGAGAUGAAAUGGCGACCGAGUUGUUCGGCGAUAAAUCCCCUUUAGGCCAAGAAAUCAAAGCCGUAAAAAGGAUUAGUUACCGCGAUCAAUGGGGAAGAAGAACGAGAAGGCGAUCCACCGAACGUUUCACGGUUGUCGGCACGCUCGUUCCGAGAGGGACAAGUUUCCAGUUUGGAUGGAGUUACGACAACCUUGCCUUCAUCCCUGUAUCAACUGUACAAGAGCGUUUCACCGGGAACGAUCAGGUUCGGAAUAUUAUGGUUUUUGCAAAUACCGUUGACGCUGUCCCGCAAGCGAUUGAAGAGGUGAAAACAGUCAUCAGAAAGCGGCACAAAAACCAAGAUGACUUCGUCCGAAUUCGGGCGAUGCGUGCUGGUAUGGCGCAGUUACAGAAAAUCAGCAAGAUGAUUAAAAUCGCUCUGGGCAGCAUCGCUGGGUUCUCACUUCUCGUCGGCGGUAUCGGCAUUAUGAAUAUGAUGUUAGUCGCCGUUACUGAGCGAACCCGUGAAAUCGGGCUUCGAAAGGCACUCGGUGCCAAACCCCUGGAUAUCUUAGCUCAGUUUCUAAUAGAGGCGGUUAUAAUGUGUGCUGUAGGCGGCGCAAUCGGUAUCGGCUUGGGCAUCUUUGUUGGCGAAGGUAUGGCAAUGCUCGCUGUUAAAAUUGCCAAAAUUGUUCCCGAAUGGCCCUCGGUUAUCUCUAUGCAGUGGGUCAUGAUUUCGGUGUCAUUCUCCGCGUCGAUUGGUAUAUUCUUUGGCAUGUAUCCUGCAAUCAAAGCCUCCAGCCUCGCACCGGUCGAAGCACUACGUAAAGAUUAA